CGUAGGCUAGAGGGUAAAGGUCAGGACAGGUCUAGAGAUGGUUGCACUAGCGAAAGUUGCCGGGCAGAUAAAACCGUCUCCGUGAAGCAAAGGGAGGCGAGAUGGUGCAUUCUUCGCGGUGCGGCUGAUCCAACUUUAACCGCCUCAGCCGACGAUCCCUGCUCUACUCCUCUCGAGUCUCCCUCCGUCCAGUCCAAUGAGCGUCGCGUACGAGCUGCUGUGGCGUUUGCUGCACGCCUUGUUCAGCGUCCAGCGCGCGCUGGUCGCCUGGGGCCGCGGUUGGUUCGGAGGUCACGGCUCGUGGCUCAGCCGUUGGCGGCGGCGCGCGGCUACGGCCGCCACCGCCGCCUCGCGGGCCCUCUUAGCUCCGGCGGCGGCCGCGAAUCCUUUCGCCUUCCACAAGCCGGCGGCUGUGGGGCGGAAAGUGGUGGGCGCCGGUGGCCGGUGGCGGAGGGAUGCGAAAUCUCUGCAGAAACUGCCGGGCCACGUGGGGCUGGUGGUGACCGAGGAGGAGCAGAGCUACGCGGAUGUGGCCAGCUUAGUGGUGUGGUGCAUGGCGGUGGGCAUCUCCUAUGUCAGCGUCUACGACCACGAAGGUAUUUUCAAAAGAAAUAAUUCAAGGCUGAUGGAUGAAAUUUUAAAACAGCAGCAGGAAUUGUUGAAUCUUGGCUGUUCCAAAUAUACAGUGAAAUUUGCAAAUCAGGAGAAAACAGAUCAAGUUUUAAAUUGCCAAUCUGUAUUGAACGUGCUGUCCUCAGAGGAUGGAAAAACAGAUAUCGUAAGAGCAGCUCAGAAAUUUUGCCACUUAGUAGCACAAAAGCAAAAGAAAUGCACAGAUCUGGAUAUAAACAUCUUGGAGAAUUUAUUAAGCAGUACUAAUGGCUUUCCUGAUCCUGACCUAAUAGUAAAGUUUGGUCCUGUGGACAGUGUCCUGGGAUUUCUUCCCUGGCAAAUCAGAUUGACAGAGAUUGUUUCUUUGCCUUCGCAUGUGAAUGUCAGCUAUGAUGAAUUCUUCUCUGCCCUUUGUUACUAUGCAUCCUGUGAUCAGCGUGUUGGAAAAUGAUUUAUUGCAGAAUUCUAUCAAGAUUUCUUUGGAAAGGACCAAGGUCUCUGUUUACAAAUAGCUGUGAUACAUGCAAGUCCAGUACAUAGUCUUUUAAUUUAUCAAACUCAAUAAAGUGUCUUAUCCUUUUUAGAAUUUGUAUGUGUGUGUACUCAUAAUCUGUGAAGGUAUGAGAAAGCAAUGGUUUACUGCUGUCUAAUAAUGGUAUAUCAUGAACGUUGUAAAAAUAGUUGUUUAAAGAUUUCAGACUUAUUUUUUCCAGUGAUCAAAUUCUUAUUACUAGAAAUAUUUACAUGCAAUUAUAUAUAUAAAAAAGUCAAAGUAGCACUGCAGUCAAUAAAGUGCACAUUCUCAGCUGAAGUCACCUCAUAAAUUUCUGAAAUCUUACUUUACAUCUUUUUCACCAGACUUACACUUGACUUCCUUAGCCCUAGAUUCUAGGAACACAUUGUGAAUUGAUUAUCUGCAAACAUUUAUAAAAAUGUCUGACAGGGUGAGACUGGACAGAGGGAACAACUAAUGUUAAAACUGAUUAAGAUUAAAUCAGCAAUUAUGGGAAUUAUGGGCUUUAUAAUUAUGGACCAUUCUUUCUGUCUGGGAGAGCUGAAGUUUAAAUAGCAUGGUGGAUUGUGUGGAAGAAUGGAUGUGGGAAUAAUGGAGCAUCCUUAUGUAAACUGAACUUUUCCAAAUGCAACAUGAACAAUUGGACCUCUCUAUUCUAUUUUAGAAUAGCAUAUUAACAUCUCAGAGUGAAGGUAAGUUUUUUUAAAAGGCUUGUGUUUUCCUUUAUGAAAAAGAUUGGCUCUAUUUUCAACAUGAAUAUUCACCAUGUUAUCUUUAUUUCAACCAUACGUUAACCCAUCUGGAUGAUGAUGAGUGUGGCAGAAUACACUCAGUUUAUGUCUGGCUAAGAAACAGUAGCACCAAACAGUGAAUGUUAAUUCAAUACGUGCUGAUAAUUUUUUUGAAUUUUGACAUCAAUACACUGUAACAUGAUUACUUGCAUAAAUGAUUGUGGCAGUUAUUGUGUGACAGUGUAUUAAUAAAACAAUGCAACAAAUGUAUUGAGGCUAAAAUUCAUUUAUUUGUCAGCUAAUUUCCUGCAGCAACUUUGUAGUGCUGCUUAAUAUAUAUAAUGUGAGAUUUUUCUCCAAACCUCUAACUUAAUAUUAUAUCCCUAAGUCCUUGCAAGUUUUUAAACAGACUGUCCAGUGAAUACUGUUUCAAUUGCAUAUUUUUAAGAAUAGCAAAACCAUUUUUAUGAUAAUAUUUUGGUUUAAAAGGGAACAGAAACUUGAAUCUAUUUUGUGAAUGUCUUUUUUGUAAAUAUCUCCAAUUAAUGGAGUAAAAUAUUGCAGAAUAUUGAGAAUAGUAUUUUUCUCCUUUUUUAAAUAAAAGUGGUACUUGAUACAUCUGUGACAAAAUUAUGGAUUAACUGACCAUGGGGUGUUUUUGUUUUAAAAAAAGAAUGCUUACUACUGUGAGCUUAUGAUGUAAAUGGGCAUCAAGACAAUAUACAUAGAUCCUGGAAUUUCAAAAUCUAUCUUCCAAUUUCUGCUAUAGUGAUCAUAAAUGUGCAAUAUAUUUCAGGAAUGUUCAUGCAUCCAUUUCUAUGAAGUCGUUCAGGAAACUGCAUUUUAAUGAAGAUAGGUUUUGGAACAUAUUCUACAGAAAAUACUGAAAAUUAUGACUUGGUGUAUGUAAAUUAAUUGAAAGACCUAAUGAGAACUGACAUCUAAAUAUCAGAGCUAUGAGCUUAGCAAAACAAUUAUAGUGUAAGUUAUGAGAAACAAAAUAGCAAAUUCUCCAGCAUGAGGAUGGAUAAUCCAUGGAUUGGGUUUCCUGACGUCCCUUCUACCCAAUUAGACUAAGACUGAGAGAUAGCCACGCCUCUUGCUGGGUCACGUUUACCCACUUCCAUCUUAGUCUUUACCCAGACAAGAUGCAUUGGUGCUUCUCUCCAGACUCAAGUUUAUUUUAAAAAAAAUGUUUUCCCUUAUUCCUAUCCGUGGAUUAUCCUUCCUUUCCCCUUUAAUUUCUCUUCAAAACACUGUAUUUUUCCUGUGCUUUCCUCCCUCAGGUCGCCCCUUCCCCACCGAGUCCUUUUUGUUUACAUUCCUCAGCUGUUGCAGCCUCAGCACGAGGCUUGUGUUUCUUCGGGUUGAGUGCUCAGGGCUUUGGGAAGCCUGUAGCCUCAGCACGAGGUUUCUUUGUUUACCUUUUGCUUUUCGGGGCUUUGGGGAGUUGCGGAGCUUUCCAUUCGAUCCAGCUGGUCAGCGGAUCUCCGCAGAGGCCCAGGGCAACAGCAGUUCAUCCCAGACUGCUGAGGUCUCAGCGGGGGGCCUGUUUCACUUUAUUUGCAAGGUUUGCAGUACCACGGAGCCUUCCGAUCGGCUUGGUCGAUUGAGGGACUGCUGCGGAAGCCCAGAAUGACAGCUGAUCGUCCGAGCUUUGUCCAGACAAUCGCGGCUACCGACGAGUCACCACGUGGCUGGCAGCCACCAUUUUAUUUUUUUGGGCAAGGCCUGUUCUGCAGGGCCGGCGUUAGGGCCAUAGGUUGAUCGCCAUGUGGCUGGCGGUUGCCAUUUUGGAAUUAAAAAA